UUGGAUUACGUGAUGAAGCAGCAAUGAAUCUACAUUCGCUGUAGUACGACCAAGUAGUUUACAUUCAUAUUGCUAGGCAGGCAGUGGGCAGCUUGCCAUAUUGAGGAAGAAAGCUGGCACAACGGCAGCAACGGGUAUCACAUACACAUACACACACAUACAUACAUACAUACACACACACACACACAAAGAGAAAAAAAAAGACUUUUUUUACUGGAGGAAGAAAAAGUGUGGUAUGGGUGUAAAUUUGGACAUUUUCUAUGCCGUGUUAAUACACCUAAAUGAUGCUUUGAUAGUGAUAUAAAAUGAGAGUGUGAAGUUAAAAAGUAAUAGAAGCUUUCUUACACAGUGUAACCUUGAAGACAGAUGCAUUGAUUGUUUUAUAAGGCAACUAUUUAAGUAGCCAUUUAUUUGAAAGACAUUCGACUGGUUUCGCUACAUAAUGGCUCAAAAUGAUCUUCAACUUUCAAAUGAAAAUACCCACAGCCAGAGUGGUUCUGAAGAAGACUCAAUGGAUGUAUGUGAUAACACUUUAGAAACAUCUCAGGAAAGCAAACCAGACCGAAGUCGAAGAAAAGGCAGUGAUGUUCAUCAACUAAAACAAUCAACUCUUGAAGAUCCUAGACGUGAUUCUUCUCCUCGGGAAAGCUAUAUGCAAGAUAUACCUCUAGAUUUUUCUAUGCCAAAACGAAAAGAUGACAUAGAUUCUUUAAGCAAUUCACCAAAACAUGAAAUUCACUCUCCAUUCAUAUCCUCUUCGCCUCCACAUACAAUGGUUUCGGGAAGAAAUUCUUCCAAUAUAUAUAAUGACUGUGGUGGCACUAAUGGCUGUGUGUCUCCUGUUGAUAUGCCAUCUGAACAUAUUUUAUCUGGUCCUUGUGACAGCAAAUCUUCAGAUGCCAUGUCAACUUCACUUGUGAAUGGUCAGCUGAUUGAUGCUGGCAUGUCCUCGGAUUUUCUUCUCAGAGAAAGAUCUCAUUCUUUUUCCUCCUCUUCUCUGCUAAAACAAAGGCACCAUGCCAUUCCUCAACGCCAGCCUCGAAGUGGAGUUUGGCGAGGUGGUGGUCAACUACGACCUCAUCACAUGAAUGAAACUGCACUAAUGUCUGCUAUUGCUGCUAAUACAGUUGGAUAUUCAGAGCUUAUAUCACCACAUCCACCUGGGUGUACAUCCCCUAUUCUUGGAAAUGUACAGAGUGUAGGAAAUGAAGAAGUGUUAUCAAUGUACAAAGAUCACAUGCACAAGUUAGGUGGGGUUGAUAAACAUCGCUAUACAUUCCUUGCCUCUGGCAUUCCCAGUUGUGUUACCGAAAGUGUCAGUGGUAACAGUAUUAUAGCUUCUCUCCCGAAUAUGUUAGCGCCAUCCAUACCAUCGACAGCUGGGCGACACUCUACAGCAACAGCCAGUGCCACUGCUGCAACAAACUGUAUUUCAUCCUCAAUAACUCCGCCCUCUACAUCCUCCAUAUCCUCCACAUCACCAAGCUGUACUAUGGUAACAACUACCCCUGCCAAAAGGCGUCCCAGGUCCCUGCCAGACAACCAAAAAGAUGAAGCUUACUGGGAAAGGAGACGGAAAAACAACGAAGCUGCUAAACGUUCUCGAGAUGCUAGAAGAAUGAAGGAGGAGGAAAUAGCUUUGCGAGCAUCAUUUCUGGAACAAGAAAAUCUAAAACUCAAAGUUGAAGUUGCUUCUUUAAAAACAGAAACAGCCAAGCUGAAAUGUCUGUUAUUCAACAGUUAA